GAUGGCGCUGCUGCCCCCCAGGACCCCCCUGCCGCCCGCCCCGGCCCGGAGGGGGCGCGCCAAGGCUCGGCCCGGCGCCAGCUGCAGCCGCCUCCGACAAAUCCAGGGCAUUCUGAUGCAGAGCAGCAAGUCCCAACCAGACGGAAUACUGUGCAUUUUAGGAAUUGAUAGCCGAUACAAUGAAGGCUGCCGGGAACUGGCAAACUAUCUUCUCUUUGGCUUCUAUAACCAGAACAACAACGAGUUUGAAAAGUCGGGGUUUCCUGAAGAAGUCUUGGAUGACGUGAUCCUAUUAAUAAAGCCAGACAGCGUCCAUCUUUACUGCAAUCCCGUCAACUACAGCUACCUGUUGCCCUACGUAGCUGUUUGGAGAAACUUGCAUUUUCAUUGCCUGACAGAAAGCGAGUAUGAAGAUGAGGAAGCUGCGGAAGAGUUCAAAAUCUCCAGCUUCGUUGACAUGGUUCGGGACUGCAGUCGAAUCGGCAUCCCCUUCAGCUCGCAAGGUCACCUGCAGAUAUUCGACAUGUUCCUGGUUGAAAAAUGGCCAAUAGUUCAGGCUUUUGCAUUGGAAGGAAUUGGCGGUGGUGGAUUCUUCACAAUGAAAUACGAGUUAAUGGACGUCAGUUUGGAUCUGUGGAAAACCUACAGCAAAAUGGAUCCUGUUUCCUUGGAGAGUUUACUUUAUGAGGAUUUGAACUUUGAACAUCAGUGGACCAGUUUUUUUGCGAAUUUUGACAUAGAAAUCCCUUUCAUUUUGGAGCUGUCAGAGUCCCAGGCCGGAGAACCGUUCCGAAGUUACUUCAGUCACGGAAUGAUUUCAAGCCAUAUCACGGAUCACAGUCCCAGCAGGCAGCCGUUUGUGCUCUUCGGCACCCACUCAUCGAAGGAGAAUCUGAACGCCGGCAACUUCAGCUUCCCGUCAGAGGGACAUCUGGUUCGCAACACUGGCCUUGGUGGGAGCACGGCCAAGCACAUGGUCGUGCAGUGCGUCUCUCCAAAGGGACCUCUGGCUUGUUCGAGGACGUAUUUCUUUGGCACUACGCACACCCCUUACCUUGGCAAAGAUAAUGAGAUGGAGAAGAAAGCCGACCAAGUGAAGCUGCUGUCCCAGAUUUACGCUGCUGUCGUGGAGGCCGUCCUAGCUGCUAUAGAUUCCUAUGCUAAAACUUCCAGCGCCACGAAGGCAAAGGAAGCGGCAGAGCAAACCUUCUCCAAUAUGCUUGAUGUCUUUGAACUCGCGUACUUCAAAGCUCCGCUACGGUCCAAAACGGAUUUUCAGAUUCAAGCUGUGAACAGCCACGGAAGGAUUAUCCUGCUGGAUAAUGAGGAUAGCCCCUCCUUAAUGAAAACUGUGACCAUGGUUGUGUAUGACAUUCCAGACUUGCUUGGAGGAAGGGGCUGCCUUGGAUCGGUCAUCUUCUCAGAGUCUUUCCUGGCUUCGCAGAUCACUGUAAAAGAAAAAGAUGGCAGCACCAGCACAGAAUCCAGCUACAUCAUUCCCACCGCAGCCAUCCCCAGAUCCGUUUCUUGGCUGGUGGAAGACAACGAAGUGAAGUUGUCCGAGAAAGCACAGCAAGUAGCGAAGGAAGAAGAAUCGUUCCUGGGUACUUUCCUGACGGGAGGCGAUGGGGCUUACAUUUCUUCCAGCAAUGCACUCUGCCGGCCAGAGGAAGGUAAACUCUACUUCUUCUCCAACGGCCUCCUGUUCUGCCAUCCCCACUACGGGAGCAUCACCAUUUCAAAGAUGCACAUGACAUCCAUCAGGUUCUACGACGGAGACUCCACCAGCGUUGCUGCCGCCCUCUUCAUCGGCUACAAGGACUCCCUCCUCCCUCACCUGCCGAUCCAGCUGCACACUCCCAGCAACUCUCUGACGAUCGCCCUUUUCCCCAGAUCGAAGCUUUACAAAGCUUUCUACUCACAGGUUUUCUCUGUCUGGCAACCACGGGGGAACUCGGGGACCUCUCUGAAGAUGACGCAAGACGAUUGCCUGUCUGCAGACCUGGAGCGAUUACAUUCUCACAUGCAGAAACUCUUUAGCCUCUCCUCCUGUCCGGCUGGGGAAAGAUGGAGCCACCUACGAGUAUCUACGAGUCUCCCAGAUCUGGACAGGUUUUUACGCCACUUCACAGUGAGCAGCGCGAGCCCCGAGCCGGUGACACGAUCCCACCUGCCCUUGCUGCUGCAGCAGCUGGAAGCCGUUCCUGAUAACCAGGCAGAGAGUGAUAAGGUGGUGAUCACCAUCUUAACGGGCCUCCCUGGAUGUCGCUCAAGUGACCUUUGCGCUUUCCUGGUCACUUUUAACAAAGAAUGUGGAAGGUGGCUAGUUUAUCGCCAAACCAUGGACAGCCCUGAAUGUUUCAGCGCAGCCCACUUCCAGAAGUACCUGACAGGCGUUCUAGAAUCGCAGAAUAACCGAAGCGCCCGCCUCUCUGCUUACAGCAGGAAGAAACUGCGGUUGCUGGUGGUUCUCCAAGGAUACACAGAUGUGAUUGACGUUGUGCAGGCUCUGCAGACGCACCCCGACGCCGACGUCAAGGCCUCUUUCGUCAUCGGCGCCAUCUCUGCUUGCGUGGAACCCUCGAGCUGCUACAUGGAGCACAGAUUCCUUUUCCCCAAGUUCCUGGACCAGUGCUCACAAGGUUUGGUCAGCAACGUGGUCUUCACGAGCCAUACAGCCGAGCAGAGGAACCCACUGCUGGUCCAGCUCCAGCACCUGAUCCGAGCCGCGAACCCCAGCGUCUCCUUUGUCCUUGCAGAAAACGGGGUUGUGACAAGGAAUGAAGAUAUUGAACUGAUCCUUUCUGAAAGCAGUUUUUCAAGCCCCCCGAUGCUGACCACUCGCUAUUUAACGCAUCCCGGCUGGUACGAAGGCAAAUUUCGGUCCGGUUCGGUCUUUCCUCCCAUGGUUCAGAUCUGUGUGUGGUUCAGCCGUCCGCUCGAGAAGACGCGAUUCGUGGCCAAGUGUAAAGCCUUGAAGUCCUCCAUUAAGUCAAGUCCUUUCUCUGGAAACAUAUACCACAUUUUGGGCAAAGUGAAGUUUUCAGAUUCGGAUCGGACGAUUGAAGUCUGCCACAACACGUCCUCCAACUCCCUAAACCUGGUGCCCGUUCAGGAGGGGCCGACUCCCCCUCCUGAUUCGAGAAGCGAGAGCCGAGACCACGGUGGCGGGCCUCAGGAGUUCUUCCUGGUAUUCGUCGGCUGCUCCCUGAAAGAAGAUGACAUCAAGAACUGGCUGAGAGAAACCGCAAAGCAGAAGCCGCAGAGGAAAGCGCUGAAGACCCGAGGCAUGCUGACUCUGCAGGAAAUCAAGAGCAUCCACGUGAAACGCCACUUGGAUCCACUUCCAGCUGGUUACUUCUACAAUGGGACUCAGUUUGUGAAUUUCUUUGGGGACAAGAUGGAUUAUCACCCGCUGAUGGACCAGUUCAUGAACGACUACUUGGAGGAGGCAAACCGCGAAAUCGAGAAGUACAACCGAGAGCUGGAGGAACUGGAAUACCACGACCUUUUCGAGCAAAAAACCUAAGCGAGUCACCCGUCAGCGGGGAAACUUUGAAGCAAUGGUUGAUGACCAAGAAAUGCUUUUAUCCUUGCCAGUUAACAAGAUAUAUAUAGAGAGAAAAGCAGACCACCAAUUUUCAACCAUUGUUUGAACACUUAAGCACCAGUCGUGUAAAGUCGGCCAUUUUAAGCAAUCUAGCAAUUGUUCCGGCAGCAUCUCUGUGUUACCGCAUUUCCAUGUUGAUAAAUUCUGGGACCUAGGA